ACAAGUUGGAAAUAACUUGGGGUUUGGGUUUUGCCUAUUUGUAAUUGGUUUGCCAACUAGGGUGUUUUUUUUUUUUUUUUUGGUUUCAAUUUGGAAAAUUUUUGGUAGAAUUAGCAAAAAAAAUUUUCUUCUAAAUUUCGGAUUAUGUGUUCUCUCUUGGGUUAUAAUUUAUGAUCGGAAAUGGGUUUCUGUAAUUUAUUUGAUUGGUUUAUUAUCAAGUUGUAUUUGGUGGAUAUUAUAAUUUUGAGUAUUCGAAGGUUGGCCUUAUGAAAUUAUAAAGAUUGAUUGAAAUAUUCUGGAAACCUCAUUCAGCUAGAGAUGGACAAUGAUAAUGAUUUCACCUUUUGUCAGGUUAGUUCGCCUGUUAACCAAGAUGGUCUUGACACACAGAAGCUUGCAACAGAUAUAGACAGUAUUAGCAUAAAAGAUGAGCUACAAAAUGGAACCGAUAGUGAUAAGAACAGUGGUGAUAAGUGGAAAGGUACUUUGCCAAAUGGUGCCACCUCCAAAAGGCAGGAAUCAGUUGGUUCUUUGUCUUUCAAUGUUAUUGAUACGUCAUCUUCAAAACAAUCAAAGGAAUCUGUUAAUCGUCUGCCAUCAGAAAACGUUAGAAAAGCUGUAAAGCCUGCACCUCGUGCUAAGGUUCCUUUUGAGAAGGGUUACAGCCAAAUGGACUGGCUAAAGCUUACUCGAACACAUCCCGAUCUUGCAGGACUAAAUGGACAAUCAAAUAAGAGGCUUAUAUCUUUGAACGAAGUCAAACAACAUCAAUAUGAAGGUUCAAUGUGGACUGUUCUAAAAGGACGUGUGUACAAUUUGUAUCCAUACAUGAGAUUUCAUCCUGGAGGUUUCGACAUACUAAAGAAGGCUGUGGGAAAGGAUUGUACAUCUUUAUUCAAUAAAUACCAUGCAUGGGUGAAUGCAGAAUUCUUACUAGAGAAGUGCCUUAUUGGUACUCUGGAUGAGAGUGAAGGGCAGCAACAUUCCAAGGAUAAGAAGUGAUUUAAGGCCAUUCAUCAUAAGAAGCAGAUUAGAAAGUCAACUCUUUUUUCUCAUUUAGUGUUAUAGAUACAAUUUGGCGUAUCUUUGAAUAUACACAUGCAGGAUUUGUUUUUUGAUGGAAAAGUGUAUUUGCUAUGAUAAAUAUUCAUGUAAUAAUUCUACAAAUGUUCAACUGUACAUCUGGAACGAUAGAGAAUGAAUGAUUCGCCAAAAAAAAAGAGAAUGAAUGCUUAGCUGAGAUACCAUUUUAGGUGUCCAGAUUUUAUUUAUUUUA